AUGACAUCUAAAUGGAGCCCUUCUUCAGAUGUCGAUCCGUCUGACUCUAAUCAGAUGUUGAAUGCGGUACUUCAGGCAUUGCAACGUCAAAAUGCUGCAUUGGUUCAGCAGAACACCAUUGCAUUACAAAAUUUGGAAGCUGCUAGAGUAUCGGCUGAGAAUGCUAGAGUAUCAUCUGAGAAUACUCAAAGGCAGUUCGUGGAUGUGUUAACUAAUGGCAGGACCACUCCAAAUGUUCCUCCCUUCGCUGUUCCAGUCCAAGAGUGGAGCUUGGAAAACUUUCUCCAACAUCACCCAGCUAGAUUCACUGGAAAGUGCAGCCCUGAUAAAGCCGACCAUUGGUUCAGGGAUAUGGAGAGGAUAUUUGAAGCUAAGGGGUGUCGUGAUGAGAAGAAAUUGGCCUUUACUCAAUAUCUGUUGACCGGAGAAGCUGGCCAUUGGUGGAGCAGCAUGAAGAUGAUCCUUGAAAGGAGUAGGACUCCUAUUACUUGGGAGUUGUUUAGAGUCAAAUUCUACGCUGAGUACUUCCCUGACAGUGUGAGAUUUGCAAAGGAGGUAGAAUUCUUGGAGCUGAUACAGGACAACAGGUCAGUGUCAGAGUAUGCAGAUCGCUUCAAGCACUUACUUCGCUUCAACACUAUGGUAGUGGAUGAAGAGUGGCAGUGCAGAAAGUUCGAGAAUGGCUUGAGGAAUGAUAUCAAAUUGCUGGUAAAGGGGUUACGCAUCAGAGAGUUCCCUACAUUGGUGGAGAUGUCCCGUGAUCUAGAGAAGACAAAGGGGAAAUCUGAGGGACAGCAGAAUCAGCCUACUAAGAAUGGGGAAUCAUCUGGAUCUCGUGAUGGAUUUAGCAUUAAGAAGACGCCUUACGCUAGACCAUCCUUCUUUUCUGGGUCUAGGGGUUCAUCCUAUCAACCAUCGGUGAAGUCAGGACCAACCGGCCCAUCCGGCACCGUUAGAUGUUUUACCUGUGGAGGACCUCAUUACCGGAACAACUGCCCUAGUAGAAGAAGAACAAUGAAGUGUUUCAAAUGCGGGAAAGAGGGUCACUUUGCAGAUGAGUGUACUUCUGCAGUAGGAUCGGGGUCUCAGGCACAGAGGACUGGUUUGCCUCCACCUAGGGGAGGUGAAAGACCUCAGACGAUGGGCAGAGUGUACGCCAUGGUUGGAUCAGAGGCAAUCCGCUCAGUAGAAGAGUUAGGCGUUGAUGUGGUGGUGUCUACACCAGCAUUAGGGUUAAUCGGGACGUCUUCUGUAUGUCCGUUGUCCGAUUGUCGUAAAGGGACGUUAGUUCAAGGUAAAUCUCACCCGUUUACCUUUGCAAGAAUUAGAAGUAAUCUUGCGAAUGGUUUGGCUAUAUGCCAACUCGUCGAUUGUGAUAGUAAGGAGAUGCUGUUUUCGGAUGAAAACAAAGAGGUUCUUGGUUUACCUCCUCCACGUGAGGUGAAGUUAUCUAUUGAUUUGGUCUCAGAAGCAAGACCAGUUUCUAUAGCUCCUUAUAGGAUGGCUCCAGCAGAAUUGGUAGAGUUAAAGAAGCAGAUUGAAGACCUGUUGGAGAAACAGUUUAUCCGACCUAGUGCUUCGCCUUGGGAGCACCAGUGUUACUAG